AUGAGCCACGCAGUGGCAAAACGAUGUACGCAAAUAUUUUUCCCCUUAGAAGGCGUUAACCACAAGCCCAGAACCAAUGGGCGUGGCGGUCAGGUCGGGGCCAGAAGAAACCCAAAUGAUUGGUCGCGGCGGAGACCCGGUUCAUCGAGCGGGAAAUCCAGCGGGAAAGGCUCUACACGCGUUGGGGAGAGGAGGAAAUGGUCGGAAGAAUCGGACCAGGAGGCAAAAGUCGAAAGAUUGGCUUUGGCGGAUAGAAAAAAGAUGGCGAAGUUGGGGAUUGGUGGAAGCACCCAUGGAUCGAGGGGAUGGCGCCGAUUCGUGCUACCAACGCCUCUUAAGACGAGUAUUGUUGAAGUGAUGGAUCCGAAUUGCCACUGUGCGGAUAUACGGGGAAGGGAGUGGUUCCUGAGUCCAGAAAAGUGA